CGAUACUCCGCGCGCGCAUUCAGUUCGCGGAGAGCGCUCGUGCGGUGCGCCUUGUUGUCCCGUGUUGCUCUAGAUGCUCGAUCACGUGGGAGACACUGCGCCGAGUUCCGCACGCGAUUCCGUGCACGCGAAGACGCGCCGCCGUGGGGAAGGGAGUAAAUGUGCGCCGCGCGUUCGUAAUGGACAACCCUAGCGGCGGAAGAGACGGUCGGUACGCGAGUCUCGGCUACAGCAGCAUGGGGAUGAUCGGGAGCGAUGCUGGCACGGAAAUUUACGGCCGACCGUCCACCUCCCAGCUCGCCGUGGCGGCUUCUCAAAUAGGCCGCGGUGGCGCCACCAUGAUGGCCGCCGCGGGCGCCGCGACGCCAGGCGUCGGCGGCGCCGGCGGCCCUGUGCAGCGGGGUAUCAAGCGCACCACGUCCGACGUUUGCUACGACGACGGUAACACGGCGCGGCAGGCGCUCUCGCAGGCGCAGGGCAUGUCCGGCAUGCCCGGCGACUGUGUGCCUGACAAUCUCGACGAGUCCUUCACGAGUCUAGGCCAGCCGAAGAAGUCACCCCCCUCGAACGGCAAAAAGACCAAGGGCCGGGUUAAAAUUAAAAUGGAGUACAUCGACAAUAAGCUCAGGCGGUACACCACGUUCUCCAAGAGGAAGACUGGCAUCAUGAAGAAGGCGUACGAACUGUCGACGCUGACCGGUACUCAAGUUAUGCUGCUGGUGGCCAGCGAAACCGGACAUGUGUACACGUUCGCGACGCGAAAGCUGCAGCCGAUGAUCACGAGCGAGGCCGGCAAGGCGUUGAUCCAGACAUGCCUCAACAGCCCGGACCCACCGCCGUCGGGCUCGUCCGGCGACCAGAGAAUGUCGGCGACCGGCUUCGAGGAGACCGAGCUGACGUACAACAUCGCCGACGACGAGCAGAAAGAGGACGGCGCGUCACCCAGAUCCGACGUUUGUGCCAAUGAAAGCGACGGUGACACCAGCGACGGCGACUCUAAGGAUCUCGCCAAGAGCCACUCGGGAAAUGUGCCUUCGUUCUCUGCAGGGAUUAUGUACCAGAUGCCUCAGAGUGUCAUUUAUUCGCCCAGUCCAGGGGUCUUGCUCGGCAUAGGACAAAACGGGCAACCGGUGCAAAUAUCUCAGGACGGAGGUACAGUGGCAUCGGUGAACUCGUCGCAAUCGAGCCAGCCGUUCAUCACGAUACCAUUAAAUGUCGCGAUGAGCGCGGCGGGUUUGUCCUUACCGGUGAGCUCUAGGAUGACCUUAUCGUCGCCGACCGCGCGGUCGCCCACAACGACGGCGUUGUCCACCUGCGACUUGCCGUCCGAUCUGAGCAAAGAUCGGGAAUAACCGCGGUCGUCUGCGAGGAUGAGCUGACUGAGCUGGCUCCGCUCGCUCUCUCGUUACCACGGCCGGAAGUCGUCGCGCGUACGAGCGAAUCGUCACGCGGAAACGACGACCCACGGAUAUCUCGGCGCUGGCCAUACUUCUACGUCCGGAUAAUGUCCGAAUAAUGUCGGGACGAGCGAUCGGAAUUGCUGAAGCGGAUAGAGAGCGCGCACUGUGAACCCUGCCUGCCCGUCGGGAUUCUUCGCCCCUUGUCGCGCUUUUCGUCCGCGCUGCUCGAGGAUGGACGCCUUUGUUAUACUUCUCUGCGAGAAACCAGCAAUGAUGAUGAUGAUAAUAAUAAUAAGGAUCUGCGGAACCAAUACUCACGCAUUUCUCUCUCUAUUAGUGCGGAAUUGUACGGAGAAAUGGUCUCAGCUGUCGUAUAACUGAGCGGCGACCGAACGAAAACUUGCUGACGAGAAGUAAUAUCUUUGUUACCGAACGCACAUUCGUCUGGGCAUUCAGCUGCGUCAGAACUCGAUUGAGAUAGCUGAGAGCGAUUGACUGAGUAGAAAUCUCCUACAAGAAUCUGCCCGUUUCUAUAGUCGAGUUUUCGUCCGCUUCCCCGGGCAAUAGAAAGUUCAGUUACACUAACGUAGUUGUCUCUUCCGUGUAUGAGUGUGAAGAAUUGUAACGGCAGAGCGAUGCUUCUCUGCGAACGAGCGGAUAGACUGAAGAUAUCGAAUGAAGAAUCGAUUUUUCCCGUUUUCUCUCGCUGCACACACAUGUCAUGUACAGAAUGCGUUGCUCGUGAAUAACGGUCGUCGCGUACACGAUUUCCACGGAAAGAAGAUCUCGGUUGGUUUAGCUGAAUGAGGAGGGAAACUCCGAAAAGGAGUUGCAAGCUUUGAAAUGUCUGAUUAUCCUUCAACCGAGUUUUCGCCUGCGAUGAGAGAAAAAUGGUUAGUCUCGCUAAAAUUGUAAGCUACUCGCGGCACCAAUCAUGUCUUUUCGUUCGAACAAGAAAGUAGUAGUAGUAAUACGCAUACAAGAUUGUUAUCAUUAACAAUACAGUAACUGUAUUACAAUACAUUACUGUAAGAACGGUUUUUCCGACAGCAUUUCUUUCAUUGUGCGAUUAUAGUUACCGAUACCGGAAACUUUUUUCUCAAUGUCGUCGCCAGUAGGCCGAUUCUGUAACCUUCAAUGAUAGUGUCGUUAUCGUCAUGUUGUCGUUCACGUGGGUAUAGUAUACUGAGAAGAAAAGACUCGAAAAUUUAUCUGCAAGAUACAAGAAUAUAUCUCUCAUAAAAAUAUACUUCACUUCGUAAAAAUAAACUUUAUAACUCAGGCAUUUAUUUUCAAGUAUUUUUUUUUAGGUGUGCACGCGGUAGAAAAGCUGCGACACACCAUGCUAGCGACAUCGUUGUUAUAAAGUUCGAGAAUCGGCCUACACAGCUAUUCGUACAGCGGCUAUUCCGUACACGUUUACCGACAACUGUCGGUGUGUGUGGUUGCGCAGCUAUUUUAUGAUAUGAUAUCUGCGCAACGACACAUACCGAGCCGACAGUUGUCGGUAAGCGGAAUGCGCACCCAGCAGGUAACAGAAAAUUCGGUAGCACGAACCGAGUUUUUCUUUCCAUCUGCGUGAAUAAGCGAGCGAUCGAAUGUUUUACGGCGACACAGAAAAGAAAGUGCUGUUGUACCAAUAAAAAUUGUCAACAUCGCCGUAAUUGGAGUGAAUCUCGUUGAUUCAAUAUCUAUCGAAACCAAUACAUCAUGUAUUGUUUCGAUGACUCAGUAUUAGUUUCAAUGGCAUUACUGUCGAAUCAAGAUUUAUUCCAAUUACGACGAUGUUGGCAAUUCCUGUUGAUACAACAUUUUAUAUUCCGUGUGUACAGUUGUGGACUAAAAGAUUGGGGACCGUAAUUUUUGGGGUGAGUCUUGUCCAAUGGUAGCAUUCUCUCAUUAGAAAACGAAUUCUUCCAUUGGACAAAACGGAUAAGUUCACAAUUCAUAUCAAAAUUUACGGGCAAUCUUUUGGUACAUUCGACUGUGAUACACUCGGUUACUAAAUGGUAGCCAUACCAUUGUCUGAAUAAAGUUGCAGCGCUCCUGGUUGUCACAAAUUAAGGGCCGAUUGUUCCAACUUCUUGGUAUGUUAACUGAAAAUUAAAUCAUAUGUCUAUUUUUGUUUUUUCUUCAACUUAAACAGACAUGUGAUUUGACUAUCAGUUAACUUAUCAAGAGGUUGAAACAAUCGACUUAAGAGACAUUGAGACUUAAGAGACGUUUCACACUGUAAAUUACAACAAGAGUCGAAGUGGCAGUAUAGGGUGUAAAAAUAAAUUUGAUUAACAUGACAUUUAAAAUAUAUAAAUAAAUUUGAUUAACAUGACAUUUAAAAUAUAUAAAAUAAAUUUGAUUAACAUGACAUUUAAAAUAUUGUUAUCCUCCCGUAGUUUAAAUUAUGAACUUUUGGACUUUGAAGUUUUAGAUACAUCCCUUUAUGAACUAAUUACAGUGCGAACGCAGCAGUGCUUCUCAAUUGAUGGUCAUAUUCGGCAAAAUGUGUGACCGUUUAGUAACCGAGUGUACAGACUCGUAAACUCAUUGUUUCAUAGACGCGACAAUACGUUUUCACGCGCGCCCGCUGAAGUAACAGCACGCGCAUUGUCCGGCAUUAGACGGUCAAAUCGAGUCCGCUCGCGCAUAUCUGGCGAAGGUCCAAGUACGCGGUGAGAGUGGGCAGUUUGGUCAAUACGUGUAUUCGGGCAUUCGUCGAUCGUUUUGUAUCAAGGAAUAGAAACUUGAACUUUCCUCAAGCGCGAUAUAUACGCCAGUGACAUCCCACCCCCGAGCUCCUCCACACUAUCGUAACAGUAGCGUGAUCCGAAUAGCACCUAUAAAUACACCCGACGCCCCGGAACGGAAUAGCGCGGUUCCGUGCGCUAGACGGACUUCAGUAGCGUGUUCCGAGAACGCUCACUGCCAAUUAUGAGACUGACACCGCGUGUACAAAAUGCAAUAUCCGCCGCGCGCUUUGUUUUCGACACGCCGAGCGGACUAGACUCGCGCCCGGCACGAUUCCGUGUUGUCUCGUUACACCGCGAUACAUUCGCUGUGUGCAAUGUUGUCAACGAGCUAUCUCGAAGGAAAGUAAGAAAAAGGGAAAAACCACAAACGGCCGCUGCGCAGGUGUGCGCGGCCGCGGUAAGAAGGACCGCGCUUCGAGGUAGCGCGAACAACGUUUAUGAAAAUGGAUGACUGCUCUCCCCCGGAGAGAGUUUUUGUUCGAGCCUCCGUUCGAACGAUAUCAUCUCGGUCGAAAUGUAUGUUACGUUCUCGUUAAAUUGGAAGCGCGCAGAACCCGAUUAUAUUUCGCGUUAAUACGGCCAGCGCUGAUACGCGUGAAUUUUAUCUUGUGCGUAACCUUGUGCGGCCGGGUGCGCGCAUCAGAUUAUGAUAAUAUUUGUUUCUUUGUUUGUUUGUUUUUUUUAUCAUCCUAAAGCCACCCGCGUAUUUCAUAGCGCAAUGGGUAGAGAUUUGACGCGACACAAGUCGCGCGUGCGAGUUUGGAGGAACGAUCUUUCAAGCUCGCGCGUAUCGAUCUUGUACUUCAGUCCUCACUCGAAUAGUUGCGAACACAUAAAUAUUAGUUUAUACGAGCAACGGGAACAGAAGAUACUGUCGAUAAGAAAGUCCGUUGAACCAGCUAAAGCGAUUUUCCCCACUGAGUACUUUGCCUUGCUAUCGAUGAUACACACGUGGGACGAGUAAUUUCACUGUAGACAGUUUCUAUCGCGAUAUAACAUCAAAAUUGUGAAGAAAAAAUUCUGUCAUUCGCGUGACGAGUAGAAUCAAAAUUUCUCUGUUCACACGACUUCGGUCAGCUUCGAUUAUACUUUUAGAUCGGAAGCAGAUCUUGGCGAAAAGAAUCAUAUUAUGAGUAACUAUUACGAGUUACAGUGAUAAUCAGGCUAGUGGUAUACGACAGUGAUAUCCAAUUUGUGAGUAGACAAAUACGUAUGUUUUAUAGCAGAGGUGAAAUAUUGUAGAUCCGUGAAUUACAGCGCAAACAGUAUCCGAGUUUGCGUCUACGCAAUCUUCGCUGUUACCACACAUGAUCUCGUAAUAAAUCACACGUGUACUAGACUGCUGUGAACGAUCAUCUACAAUCGCGGCGACGAACACCACGUGUCGGGUCGUGUGUCAAACGUACACACGCGCGACGCGCUCUGUCGCGAUGUCGAAUAUGCCAAAAUGUGCAAUAUUAAAUACUAUGAAAUCAAGCCCUACUGUGUUGUUGUUCGGUAGGCGUUCAGAGCGCAAACUAUAAUUCGCUAACACGCUAAUACAAACAGAGAUGCCUAUAUUGCGGAUGAAAAAUCAGAUGGUUGAAGUAAGAUAUCAUUAAGUGAGACUUUUGUGUUUCUUUUAAUGUAAGAAUUUCUUUGAAUCAGACGAUAUGUGGUUAUGAUUGAUAUUAUGUUGCACACUUAUAUACAUAUAGAGAAAUGUUAUUAAUAAUUAUUAUUUAAAUCAUUUGUAUUACAUAUACCGUAUUAAUUUAUUAUUGGCGAAUUGUGUGUGUAACCUCGCAACGCGCGUCUCUAUUCACUCAUGUACUUAAUCAAACGUCCGUGAUGACGACGCAGGAUAACGAAGAAGCCCUAUUGUUAUUUGGUCCGUGCUGCUAGCUUUACUAGUUUUACGCGUACGCUUAAGAUGUGUUUGACACUUUUGGUUUAUAUAAUACGUAGACAUUAACAUAUACUUGUUAAAUGUUUCGUCGAGCGGGAGAGCUUGCGUUGAGACAUGUGAUCAAAGUCUUUGUGAUUUUGAUUGGAAAUAAAAGAGAUUCGAGUGGGUCGCGACGAAAUUCGAAAGUGUGGAAAGUCAUAGCGGAGCGUUUUGUUUUAAAUGUUGAAUAUUCGGCGGAACUAGACUAGAGUCGCGAACCGAGUUCGGAACUGCGUCGAAACGGCGCGCGAUUGUCAGUCUCGUUCAUACCGAUUCUUCCGACGGCACUGUGCAAUCGGAUGCGUUAAUGUGGCCCGGGGUGCGUAAGAUUCUGCGCUCAAGUCUCUCUGUGACACUUAACAAGUGUAUUUUCUCGCGGAUAUUAGCGCGGCCCGAUGUACGCAGGCAUUAUCGAACGACAUCGACUCAUUCGAUUGUACAGUUUGCGAGUGUGAGCGGGGAAUCCCAUGGAACGAACAAUAACGUGUACAUUACGUUAUUUUUUGUCUAUUUUAUAUAUAAAUAUUAUAUAUAUAUAUAGUUAUAUAUAUAUAUAUAUAUAUAUAUAUAUAUAUAUAUAUAUAUAUAUAUAUGUGCUAUAACUUUUUUAUUACUUCUGUAUGGAAGUACCGCAGUGUGAAGAGUGUUUGUAACGGAAUGCCGUGACGAAUGAGAAGAAAAACAGAAAUACAUAAAUCCAGGUGUCGCUAUUUUCCUUUUUUUUUACACUAACUGUAGACGAUAUAAGACGAUAUAAACGUGUCGAUUGUGUGCCGAUUGUUAAAAUUGUUGCGGAAUACACGAUCGAAGUAGAGAGGGAAGAAGCGAGGGAAAGAAAUAUACAUUACGAAACUUUA